ACAUUUGAGGGAUUUGAUUCUUCCAUCGCCAUAUUGGUUUGCAUUGUCAUUGGUACAUGUAUAUGUAUUGUGAUUUGUAAUUUAGUAAAUGCAUGUGAAGUUAUAGAAAUAGAGUCGCAUAAAAAACUUCUCAUAUAAAUUAAGAAAAAUUCAAUAAACAAUAAGAUAAUAAGGCUAACCAAAAAAGUAUCAAUAUGUCUAGCGGUGCAUUAUUCAGCAAUAAUACCGUUCGCGGUGCCAAUAAAAAUAUAGUGGAAUUUAAAGCAGGCAAAAUGACAAUGAAAGGAAAGAUGGUUUAUCCUGAUACAAGAAAGGGAUUAUUAUAUGUCUAUCAGUCUGAUGAUUCACUCAUGCAUUUAUGCUGGAAAGAUCGUACAUCCGGAGUCACUGAAGACGAUCUUAUUAUCUUUCCUGAUGAUUGUGAAUUCAAGCAUGUACCGGAAUGUAAAACCGGCCGUGUUUAUCUGCUCCGAUUUAAAAUAUCUAGUAAAAAAUUCUUUUUUUGGCUCCAAGAUAUAAAAACAGAGAAAGAUGAAGAAUAUUGUAAAAGAAUAAAUGAAGUGCUAAAUAACCCACCAACACCUGGAUCCCAAAGAAGUGGUGGACCUAAUCCUGAUGGAGAUCUACAAAAUCUUCUGAAUAAUAUGUCACAACAGCAGUUGAUGCAGCUUUUUGGGGGCGUUGGACAAAUUGGUUUAGGAAGUUUAUUAGGUACAAUGAGAGAAAGACCUCAACAUUCACGAAGUAGUACAACAACUGCACCAUCAACGCCUGUAACAACAAGUGUCACAAGACCUCCAGCAGCUCAAACUCCAGCUCCUCCUGCAGUUACAUCAGCUGAAGGAAUAAGGUCAUCUUCAUCAGGGAAUUCCAAAAAUUCAGGAUCAAAAUCAGGAUCUAACAAUUCAAUGAGCUUAUCUGAAAGAAAUCAACCCAUGAAUAUUAAUCCUGAUCUUUUUGAAUUUGAAAGACAUCUUUGGAGUAUGUCUACACCACUUGGUUCAGAGCCUGUUCAUCAGAGGGAUAUAGCGAGAGAACUGACGAAUUCCAUCCCAACGGCGAUUGUACCAACGAAAAGCCUCCAGCAGGCUAUGAGCAAGCACUUGCCACCCGGGGAUAACCUGUGUAUGACGCUGGCAUCCCCCCAGUUCUACCAGGCACUAUCAAUGUUCUGGUCUGCUUUGCAGUCAGGCCAAGCGGGCCCAGUGGUUCGUCAAUUUGGCUUGGGUCCAGACGCUGUCAAUGCUGCUGCUACUGGAAAUCUGGAAAGUUUUGUCACCGCCUUGGAAUCCGAAACGAAAAAGGAAGCUGAAGAUGGUCAAUCAUCAGCAGCUACUCCAAAAGCAGCGGAAGAUGAUGCCACCAAGAAAGAAUCACCUAGUACUGCAGCCAAAGCCGAGGAGAAAAGUGAUAAGGACGACGAGAUGACAUUGGAUUAAAGUAACAUGAUGAAUGAAACUAUUUUUUUUUAAUUUCUUUUGCCUCUUUUUUAUUUUAAUUUUCUUGUUUAUCCAGUUGUUUUUUUUUAAAUUAUAUACAAGUGAUAAUAAUUAUUACCAUUGCUUACAUAUAAAUAUACAAUCAAUUUUCAUAGAAAGUUACAAUUUAAACGUUUUCACAUCACUAAUCGGUGUAUGUCAAUGAUGAAUAAAAUCGAGAUUAAUAA